CUCUCUCUCUCUCUCUCUCUCUUGUUUCAUCUUCGAUUAGCUUGCUUUAAACUUUUUCAAACAAACGCCAAAAGUUGUAAGAUUUUAGAGAACAAGAAAGAUGGCAAAAGAUUUAGAAAACUCUGAUUAUGAAUUUUCACCAGCCGCUUUAACUUUCAAUAGACGAAUGUUUAAAAAACAUAGAUUAGAAGCAAUUUUUGAUAGGGAUUUUGUUUAUAGUUUGCCAGCUUAUUACUCAAUUCAAGAGGAACUUACCACUACAGAUGGUAUCAGUUAUAAUCUCUUUUGUCGUAUUCUUGAUUAUUUAAUUAAAUCUGGAGAGUUACUUCAACGCUUUCUUGUUCAAAUAUCUCAUAGUUUGGAUCGAUUUGAAAUGGAUAUUGCCAAACUCUGCAUGGAUAGAAUAGAGAAUCGUCUAACUGGGUUAAGUCAGCAGAUAACUUACAGACUCUCUCCUGAACAGACAAGAAUCUUCCUAGAAAAAGCACACGACGAUGGAAUAGACGCCAACCCUAAUAUGACGUUCUACUCUUGAGGAAAACGAAAAGGAAAAGAGUAAGAGGGAGAGAGACAGAAUGAAGAAGUUUACGACUGCUCUCUAUUGAAGAAAGAAGAGAUAAUUUAGAAAGGAAAAAACAUAGUUAAUCAUAUAAAUUUGAAAUGAUAAUUUUAAUAAAUCUAUAAUAUAGAAUUCCUACUAUAUUCCGUGCCUUUUAUCCUCUUUUAUCAUUUGAUAUUGUCCGUUUAACAUUACAAUUUAAAUUGUUGCUAGUAUAACGUUUCUAUUGAUUUAGCAUCACUACUCCUAACAAAUCGUUAAUGAUA